UGGGAGAGGAACUCAGCCCAUCGAGCUUGCCGUGCAUUUAGCUUCUUUGUUGUCAUGAAGUAUUCUAGUGCUCGAUGAUCUGUGUAGAUGUUGAAGCGCUCUUGGAGCUGCAGUCCUUCUUUAUAUUCGAUCGGAUCCUCCUGAACCAAAUGAUUUCCAUUGGGGCUACUUUUUCCACGAGAACCCACAGGGAGGAUUGAAGUAUCAUAUGAGGAACUUAGGCGGUGGAUGGAUACCGGACCAUGGCAAAACUGGGGGUGUAUUCAAGUCGAACUUCCUUUGCGUUCUAAUUCAGAUCGCGAGUGUCCCACAGGCGAAGCACAGUCACCUUGAUCAAAUCAUGAGAUCCCGUGAUGGAGACGUGAAUUCAAUCCCUGGUGUGACAUGCCGUGUGUGGUUGAUGGCUAUCCUCCAACAGUUAAUCCAGCAUCAGAUAGUCCGCUGCAGCAGUGUCGAUGCGUUGAUAUAGGAAUGUAUGGCCAUUGGAAACCAGUAUAGCGCCGCCGCCGCAAAAAAUAACCAGCCACGACCGGUUGUUAGAUCGCGGCUGUGCCUC